CAUCGUUGCACCGUCUUGUUGUACUGCCGCAUGAAGCGCCGUCCCGCGUCCUAGCACUAGCGAGCGUCCUUCAGCCCUACCGUCCCCUCCUCGCCCGUGCAAGAGCGCGUCCCUUGGUCACUGCCCCUCCCUUCGCUCUCUGUUCAACUGUUUAUGUUCUUGCGUCACAAGCAGCCGCGCCGUUGUUUGCAAGUAAGCCGGGUUGGUCGCUUGCCUAGUGAACCCUGGAACUGCCGCAUCGUCUGCCACGGCUAACCCCAGCCUUGGAACCAACCUCUAUCCAUCACAGCCCGCGUUCACCCUCUGGUUCGACCCACGCUACCAUUCCACGCCGGACGAGACCACGUGUACGGCACCCCUUCCAUCUCAACUACAAUAGAUCCUAGAGGACUCCAAAAUGGCGCGCUCCCGCAGGCAGAACAGAGACGAAAGCAGGUCCCGUUCCGACACCUCCGCAUCCACAUCGCCCGAGCGCGGCUACGACGAUGACAAAGACUCGAUCAUGCUGCAGUCAAACGACUCGCUGUCGUCUCUGGCGCCCUCCGUUUCUCCUGACUCCGACGACGAUGCCCGCCGGCGGGCCAUCGAGGAGCAGAACCGCGUCUCGCCUGUUUCACGACUACCGGCCGAGCUCAUGAUCGCCGUAUUCGCAAGGCUUGCCUCCCCUGCCGACCUCAAGAACUGCAUGUUGGUGUCGAAAGACUGGUCGAGAAACGCUGUUGGGCUGCUGUGGCACAGACCGUCGACCAAUAAGUGGCCAAGCGUUAAGAGCGUGAUCAAGACGAUCAAUACCGCAGAUAGCUUUUUCGACUACAGCAGUCUGAUCAAGCGUCUCAACUUAUCGGCCCUGGGAAGCGAGGUCAGCGACGGCACACUCGCGUCACUACACACCUGCAAGCGCAUAGAGCGAUUGACUCUCACGAACUGCACGAAGCUCUCAGAUCUGAGUCUCGUGGCCGUGUUGGAGGACAACCGAAGCCUCUUGGCCCUGGAUGUCACGAGCGUGGAGUCCAUUAGCGAUCAGACCAUGUACGCUCUGGCGAAGAAUGCAGUCCGGCUGCAAGGGUUGAACAUCACAAACUGCAAGAAGAUCACAGAUCAGUCGCUUGAGGCGGUAGCAAAGAGCUGCAAGCACCUCAAGAGGCUCAAACUGAACGGGUGCUCACAGCUAAGCGACAAAUGCAUCAUAGCGUUUGCACUGCACUGCCGCUAUAUCCUCGAAAUCGACCUCCACGAUUGCAAGAAUCUCGAAGACGACUCGAUCACCACUCUCAUAACGGAGGGACCCCAUCUGCGCGAGUUACGAUUGGCACACUGCUGGAAGAUCACGGAUCAGGCGUUCCUUCGUCUCCCUGCCGAGGCCAGUUACGAGAGUUUACGUAUUCUGGAUCUGACAGAUUGCGGCGAGCUGCAAGAUUACGGCGUUCAGAGGAUCGUGGCCGCAGCACCGAGGUUACGUAACUUGGUUCUUGCCAAAUGCCGCCACAUCACGGACAGAGCGGUGAUGGCCAUCACUCGCCUGGGCAAGAACCUGCACUACAUCCACCUGGGACACUGCUCGCGAAUUACCGACACAGGCGUUGUGCAGUUGGUAAAGCUGUGCAACAGGAUCCGGUACAUCGAUCUGGCAUGUUGUACGAAUCUCACCGAUGUUUCUGUCACGCAACUGGCUUCGCUUCCGAAACUUAAGCGGAUAGGCUUGGUGAAGUGCGCAGCAAUCACCGACCGCAGUAUACUGGCCUUGGCCAAACCGAAGCAGAUGGGCUCUAGUGGACCAAUUCAGGCUAGUGUCCUGGAGAGGGUCCAUCUGAGUUACUGCACCAACCUCACUCUCCAAGGCAUUCACGCCCUUUUGAAUAACUGCCCGCGUCUCACUCACCUGAGUUUGACUGGCGUGCAAGCCUUCCUUCGCGACGAUCUUCUUGUUUACUGUCGUGAGGCACCACCAGAGUUCAACGAACACCAACGCGACGUCUUUUGUGUCUUCAGCGGCGUAGGUGUCCAGCGUCUCCGCCAAUUCCUCAACACCGACCACGAUCACCAGAACCGACAGGCUUCCUUCUCCGACAACGAAGGAACCAUGUACGAAGAUGGCGAGGAACCCGAUGUCAUCCUCAACGUCACCGCCCAGGCUAAUGGUAUGGUGAUAGAUGAGGACGAAGACUUCGGCGACAGUGAGAUGUUGGGUCAGGAUUAGUCGCCAUGGCUGCCGUAAAUGGUGCUUCGGCAGCGUUGUGUCUCGACGCGUAUUGGUCUUUCCGACAUUUCUUCAUUUGCAUAUAUGGUGGCGUUCUUAUCAUCUUUACGGUCCUUAUCCUCUUAGCGGCAUGAAGUGCAUUUGUUCACGGGCGACAUGAACGCUCGACCCUGGGGGUGAUGGGCCAAAUACGAUACCCUUUGUAUGUUUUUCAUGGUGUUUGCUACUAGCGGCAAGGCUUACGAAACGUCUUUUAGUAAAAAAGUUGACCAUAUUUCAGCUGCUCUACAGCUCUACAACCCUCGAUCCUGUGCUCGUAUUCAGUGGCUAACAAUAUCAGUGUGUGUGUCCGGUCUACUGCUGGACCCCAGGAGGAAGGUGACAUGAGCUUGUCAUAACUGGUCGCGUGCCGAUCUCGGACUAGACAUAACCUGAUGCCUUUUCACA